AUGUUUAAAAGGCUAAUAACUUUUCAUCGUCAAGUAAGAAUUAGUUCUUUAGCGGUUGCCUCAUUUAAUGUUUUUGUAUUUGGAGUUAGUGGAAUUUAUUUAAUUGAGAAAAUCAAUCAAUGGAGAAUGAAGAAAAUUGAGCAUUAUAAAGAAGCUGUGGAAAUUUUAUUGGAACAUGAAGAAGUUGGAAAUUUGUUGGGAAAACCUUUUAUGGUUGGAAAUGCUGAUGUUUAUGAUCGUGAAAAUAAUUAUGUUGGAAAAAUUGAAUCCAAGUUUUUAAUUCCACUAUUUGGUGCAAAUUGUGAUGGUUAUUUAACUGUUUUUGCUAAACGUGAAAAUAAUUUGUCAGAAUUUUUAUUAGAAAAAUUAGAAUUGGAAACAUCCGGAGGAGACAGAUAUUUAAUUUUUACAAGAUCAGAAGAGAUUGAAGAAUCCCCAAAAUUGUCAAAACAAAAAAGGCCAAGACUUUGUAGAGCAUAAUAGAAUAAUUGUAGAAAAUUUUAGAGAAAAUGAAGGUUUUUUUAAUUUUAUCCCUUUCCUAGAAUUCACCUCUAUUUUGUAGACAGCCAUUUUUGAUUCUUUUGUGUUAGUCUUGACCAAGGACGUAGCCAGGGGGUCGAUUUCAGGG